AUGGAGUGCCUCGACGACCACGUCGCCAAGCACGUGCCCGACGACGACGUGCACCACCACGUCGCGGAGCCGUCGCCGAGCCGCGCGAACUCGCUGACGCGCGGCGGCUCGAACCGCGGGUCGACGGCCUUCACCUGCAUGUCGCCCACGAGCGCCAAGGCCAUGAUCGACGUCGCCAAGGAGGCGUCGGAGUCGCGCGACGGCGCCGUCGACGCCGGCGCGGCCGCCGCGGCCGCGGCGAAGGCGGACGCGCCGCCGUCGCCCGAGGAGGAGCCCAAGGCGGAGCCGCCGGCGCCGCCGCCCGUGCCCAUCGAGGGCCUCGAGUACGAGGAGCCCCCCGUCGAGGCGCCGGGCCUGACCAUCGCCCCGCCGGCCGCGGACGAGAGCGAGGACCCGCGGGGGCCCGCGAAGGCCGCGGCGCCCGAGGAGCCGCCCCCGGAGACGCCGCCGUACCCGCUGGCCGCCGGCGACGACGACGACCCCUGGGAGGAGAAGUUCGACGAGCACUCCGGCCUGCCCUACUUCGUGCACCGCCUCGGCACGGAGGACGCGUACGCGGAGGCGCCCGACGGCGCGCCCCUCGACGACCUCGACGACCUCGGGUCCGAGGAGAGCGUCUACGAGACGACGACGGAGAACAACCCCGGCGCCUGGGGGACCGUCGUCGACUCGAAGCCCGACGAGGAGGGCGAGGACGGCAUGGCGUCCAUGCUCGGCGCGAUGAUGGCGCGCGACGACGACGCGGAGACGGUCGGGUCCGAGGAGAGCGUCUACGAGCACACGACGGAGAGCAACCCGGGCAUGUGGGGGACCGUCGUCGACUCGAAGCCCGACGAGGAGGGCGACGACGGGAUGGCCAAGGCCGGCGCCGACUACGCGCUCACGCUGCUCUGGGCGCUGGUGUUGGCGUCCUUCGUCGCCUACGCGCUCCAGGAGGGCGCCGCGCGGCUGAGCCUGCUGGGCCGCACGACGCUCGGCCGGGCCAUGCGCACCAUGUGGGGCGGCGGCGCGGACGCGACGCCCGGUGGCUGCUACGCCGUCGCGGCCGGCGUGCUCCUCGGCAACACGGCCUACCAGGCGAACAACUUCGUCGGCGCCGCCGAGGCGCUGUACGCGCUGGGCGCGCCGCGGUCGGACCCGGGCGUGCGGUUCUUGAUGCACCUGGCCUGCGGCCUCGCGGUGCUCGGCACGCUCUUUUUCGCGGACGUCGACCGCGUCUCCGCGGGCCUCGGCGUCGUGUCCGUGCUCAUGAUCGUUACGUUUGCCUUCGCUUUGAGCCAGCUGGGCCUCGACGGCGGCGAGCUCGUGCUGGGGCUGCUGCCGUCGAAGCCGCCCCGGGGGUCGGGCAUCGUCGCGGUUUCCAUGGUCGCGACGACGGCGAUCCCCUUCAACGCUUUUUUAGCGUCCUGCGCGGCCAAGCCCCCGGACGCCGGCGGGUCCCUGGGCGCCGCGGUGUCGGGCAUGCGGCGCGGCGUCACGCUGGCGACGGCGAUCGCGCUGGUUUUAUCGGUGCUCAUCGUCGCGACGGGCGCGGGCGUCGCGCGCCACGUCGACGACGACGGCGCCUUCUCCGUCGAGAGCCUCGUGGACGCGCUGCGCGCCGCCGAGGGCGGCUUCGCCGUGGCCUGCUUCGGGCUCGGCCUGUACGCGGCGGCGUUCUCGAGCGCGCUGACCGUCGCGCUCGGCGCGGCGCUCUGCUGCGCGUCGUUGCUCGCGCACGACGACGACGACCGGCGGUGGCGCCAGCCCGACGGGCCCUACACGCGCGGGGUCAUCGUCUUCGUCGUUUUGGUCGCCGUCGUCGUCGGGUCGUCGGGCGCGUCGACGGUGGGCGUCGUGCUCAUGGCGCAGGUCAUCAACGGCGUGCUGCUACCAGUCGUCGCGCUGUGUUUGGUGCUCUGCUACAACGACCCGGCCGUGCUCCGCGCGCCGCCGCCGGCCUUCCGCAACGCGUCCCAGGUCGCGUGCUUCUCCGCGACGGCGUUCCUCGCGACGAACGGCCUCCUGUCGAAGAUUUUGAGCGACGACGCGAGCCUGGACGCGGCGUUCGUGAUGGCGUUCCUCGCGACGGCCGCGGUCUGCGUCGUGCUGCGGCGCAUGCGGGCCGCGCCGCGGGCCAGCGAGGUCGAGAUGCGGCCGUCGGCGCCGUCGCGGGCGCCGGAGUCGCCGUCGACGGCGAACCCGCUCCGCGUGCGCACGGACUCCGACUCCGACGACGACCCGCAGCGGCGGCCCUCCGCGGAGACGCUCGAGCCCAUGACGCCCCACGAGGCGUCCCGGAUCUCCUCGGUCUUCCUCGAGGACGACGAGGACGACUUGCUCCCCGGCAGCGGCUCCGGGUCCGUGCCGCAGCCCUGGACGGACAGCGACAGCCUCGUCGGCCGCCGGCGGCCGUGGAGCGCGGCGUCGUGGCGGAGCCGCUCCUCGAGGUCGAGCGCGAGCGCGAAGAGGAUCCAGAAGCGGCGCGUGUCGUUCGUCUUCAGGGGCGCGUCCGUCUUCGGGUGCGUCGCGAAGACCCAGGACCCGCCCUUCAAUCGAGGAAACGAGAAGCCGUCGCCGUCCGUGCGGCAGAGGUCGCUCAUGCGCGCGUGCGUCGUCCAGGACGUCACCGACGCCGACGCGGGCGGCUUCGCCGCGACGGCCGCGGCGUCGACGCCGCGGCACUUGGCGCGCGUCUUCUCGUCCUUCGCGACUUUGAAGUGGUCCGCGCAGGCGCCGCGGCCGCCGCGCGCGGCCACGUUCCGGCGAGUGGCGAAGCUCAGCGACGAGGUCGAGGACGCCGUGGAGAAGGGCGGCGUCGAGGGUGGCCUCUUCUCCAUCUUCAAGUCCGACGGCGACGGCGAGUCCAAGGGCGCCGACGCCAAGGCCCUCCUCGCGAAGUACGGCGCCGCCUACCUCGCCACGUCCAUCUCCCUCGCGCUCGUGUCCUUCUCGAUCUGCUACCUGCUCAUCGACAGCGGCGUCGACGCGGCCGCGCUGCUGGCCCGGGUCGGCAUCGACGCGACGGCGGCGACGGAGAAGGGCACGACCAUCGCCAUCGCCUACGCGGUCCACAAGGCCGCGAGCCCCAUCCGCUUCCCGCCGACCGUCGCGCUGACGCCCGUCGUCGCGAAGCUGCUCAAGGGCGACGCCGCGGACGACGACGACGAGUAG